AUGGAAAAGACAGAAAUUCUUGUACAGAAGACAAAUCCGGAAACUAUUAAAUUUGAUGAAAAUUUGGCCAAGGAAGUGCCAAAGUGCGAAGAUCAUAUCAUCAUUCAUUUAAGGAACAACAAUGUUCCACUACUGGUUGCUGGAGGAGGUGGUGGUUUAAAAAACCUGAACAAACGUCUAGAAAAUUGUGAUGCCAGCAAUAAGACAUCGGGAAAAAAUAAUAAAUGUGUCACACCUUGUGUAAACUGGGCUGAAGGAGUAAAUAGACAGGGAGCAAAGCAGGCAGACUCAGAAAAUUCAGGUGAUGGAGGAGGUGGAUUUUACAGCAAUGGAAGAAGUAGUAAUCUGUUUGGAGGUAGUGGUGGAACAUAUGGUAAUAGAGGAGGACCAGGUGGAGGUGGGGGCUCCUCAGGUGGAGCAUCCGGGGAUAAUGUGAAUGGAGCUUGUGGUGGUGGAGGUGGAUCGUACAAUGUGGGAAAAAAUCAAGUAAACAAGUCAGCAUUUAAUGAGAAAGGAGACGGAUAUGUCUUUUUAACUCUUUAUGUUAAUUAG